AUGCUUUGUGCUCUUGGCUUGGCCUCGCCAAGCACCUCACUCCCCUUAUGUCCCGCUCCCGUGCUACCCCUCCCGCCCCUCCCUCUCCUCUCGCCCUUCCCUCACCUCAAUCCGCAACACCAUGCUUUGUGCUCUUGGCUUGGCCUUCCCAAGCCUGUUUUGAGACGUCUCAAAACACCCUCACCUCAAUCCGCAACACCAUGCUUUGUGCUCUUGGCUUGGCCUUCCCAAGCCUGUUUUGAGACGUCUCAAAACACCCUCACCUCAAUCCGCAACACCAUGCUUUGUGCUCUUGGCUUGGCCUCGCCAAGCACCUCACUCCCCUUAUGUCCCGCUCCCGUGCUACCCCUCCCGCCCCUCCCUCUCCUCUCGCCCUUCCCUCACCUCAAUCCGCAACACCAUGCUUUGUGCUCUUGGCUUGGCCUUCCCAAGCCUGUUUUGAGACGUCUCAAAACACCCUCACCUCAAUCCGCAACACCAUGCUUUGUGCUCUUGGCUUGGCCUUCCCAAGCCUGUUUUGAGACGUCUCAAAACACCCUCACCUCAAUCCGCAACACCAUGCUUUGUGCUCUUGGCUUGGCCUUCCCAAGCCCCUCACUCCCCUCAUGUUCCGCUCCCAUCCUACCCCUCUCGCCCCUCCGCCCCUCCCUCCCUUCCCCAGCACCAUACGCAACACCACCCUGGCGGGUCCUCUCCCAUCUGCACUGCAGUCUCUCUCACUUCCCCCUGUGGAAGCUCCCCUCCUUUUUUCCCCUCGCCCUUCCCAUCUCUCUCUCCCCUCCUCUACCUCCCUUCCUCUUGCCCUUCCCAUCUCUCCCUCCCCUCCCCAGCACCAUCCACAACACCACCCUGGCGGGACCUCUCCCUUCUGCACUGCAGUCCCUCUCAGCGCUGCAAUACCUCUCCAUACCCUAUAACAAGUUCUCCAUUACCAUUCCUGACUACCUUGCUUUUGAUACUAGCCGCAAUGACCACCCAUCUCUCCUCAUCUCAUCCCACCCCUCGUCACCCCUUUCCACCCCCGUUCCCAGCUCCAUACCCUAUAACAAGUUCUCCGGUACCAUUCCUGAGUACCUUGGCUCGCUGUCCGACCUUUCUUUUCUCAAGAUAGGCAACUGGCAUCUCAACGGGUCUAUUCCUGGUGAUAUAGGCAACCUGAAGGCGCUCACUUUCCUUGAGCUGCAAGGGGGAGCUGCAAGGGGCGGAUAUGGAUGGGCCCUUCCCAGAGUCCGUCACUCAACCGCCCACCCACUCAUUUGUACCUGCUCGUCCCCCCGUUCCUCUCCGCAUUCCCCGCCCCCCAUUGAUCCCAGGGAGCUGCAAGGGGCGGAUAUGGAUGGGCCCUUCCCAGAGUCCGUCACCCAACUCACCAACCUGGAACUCUUCCAUUUGGGUCUAACAGGCCUGCAUGGCUCGCUGCCGGAAGGAAUCGGCGACCUGACCAAGCUGAGCAACUUGAACCGUCUGUCAGGCCGCAUCCCAUCCACUCUCGGUCGAUUGACUGCCCUCGUACGACUUGAGCUUGAUGACAACAGCUUCAACAGCACCAUACCAGCAGCUCUUGGCAAUCUCGCCCUCGUCACCAAAUUGGACUUUUCAAAGAAUCCGCUCAACGGCUCCCUCCCUCCUGCCUUUGGCGCAUUGAGCAGCCUUGCAAACAUGUCUCUCUAUGGCACAUGGCUCGAGUGUCCCACCAACCAACCAUGCGGGGUGGAGCAGACACCCCACUCGGCCUUCUGUCAGCUCUGCUCGGGCUUCUGCAAAGAGUGCAGCUCCUAUGUGGGCACUCUCCCUGAUGGCAGUGCCACCUGUGUCCCCAAGACCAUCUCCCCUUCCCCACCCUCCUCCCCCUCCCCUCCUCCUACCUCUCCUUCCCCUCCCUCCUCUCCAUCCCCCUCCCCUCCAACCUCCCCCUCUCCUUCCCCACCCACGAAAGCCCCCCCUUCUGCCUCUCCACCCUCUCCUCCCUCCUCCUCCCCCUCCUCCUCCUCUGACUCCUCUUCUCUCUCGCUCGGAGUGAUUGUGGGUGUAGCGAUCGGAGCAGGGGCGCUUGUCAUUGCUUGUCUCGCCCUGAUUUGCAUCCUCGUCAAAGGCAGACCCACUACAGGGCCCAGCUCAGCCGUCCCAGGCCUUAUCCGGCGCUACAGCUUGAUCCCAGGCCUUAUCCGGCGCUACAGCUUGAGUGAGGUGCUACAGGCGACAGACAGCUGGUCCCGAAACUAUUUCGGCGCUGCAGCCUGGCAGAGCCUGAGUGAGGUGCUACAGGCGACGGACAGCUGGGCGAGCUACAACCACCUCGUUCAAGUGAACCCAUCCCUUCACCUUCCCCUGUCACAUCCCUCUUUCUCAGUCCCAGGCCUGUUCCGGCGCUACAGCCUGCCAGAGGUGCUACAGGCGACCAACAACUGGGCGAGCUACAACCACCUGGGCAGCGGAGGCUACGGGGACGUGUACAAGGGUGUGCCGCCCAGUGCGAGAGUGGGCGGCGGAGGGGGCGGAGUGGGCGGAAUGGGGGGAGUGGGGGGAGAUAGUGGUGAAGCAGGCAUGACAGGGGCGAGUGUGAACGUGAGAGGGAGUGGGAGGGGAAGUGGGAGGGGAAGUGUGUGGGGGAGUAAGAGAGGAGGGGGUGGAGAGGGGGAGGUGGGGAUUACAGUGGACGCGGGAGAGCCUCAGGUGUGGGCGGUGAAGCAAGCCAAGAUACGCACCAACGACUUCCACAAGGAGGUAGAGCUGAUGGCGAGCAAGCAUCACCCGCACCUGGUGUGGCUUCUAGGGUACUGCGUCACAACGGACGCCACGACGCACUCCUUACCCCCUGGGGUAGAGCUGAUGGCAAGCAAGCAUCACCCCCAUCUCGUCCGCUUGCUGGGGUACUGCGUAGAGCUGAUGGCGAGCAAGCAUCAUCCCCAUCUCGUCCGUCUGCUGGGGUACUGCGUUACAACGGACGCCAAGACGCACGAGCAGGAGCAGAUCAUCAUCUAUGAGUUCAUGGAGAAUGGCGAUUUGGAGCGUGUGUUGAAGAGAGCACACGAGCAGGAGGAGAUCAUCAACUGUGAGUUCACAGAGAAUGGGGACCUGGGGCGCGUGCUGAGAGGGGCGUACUUUGAGGCGCAUUUUGAGGCGUGCUUUGAGGCGCAUUUUGAGGCGCCUCAAAACCUCGCCUCACGGCCUGUGAGCCUGCAGCAGAGGCUCGAAAUGAUGAUUGGAGCAGCAAGGGGCCUGGAGUACCUUCACAGCUUCUCCAUGGUGCAUCGGGACGUGAAACCAGCCAACAUUCUGUUAGACGGCAACUGGCAGGUAUGUGUUUUCGGCAUCGUGAUGCUCGAGCUUCUGACGGGACGAAGGGCCAUUGUGUCAGUGUCUAAAGAUGACGACCCGAUCAACAUCAGCAAAUGGGCUGCCCCACUAGUGGAACGUGGCGAGGUAGCUGCAUUCAAGGACCCUCAUCUAGAUGCUCCCGAUGACGUCAUUCUUCGACUCGCACGGCUCGCCAUGACAUGCACGGCCACUCCGGCCAUGUCCCGGCCCCGGAUGGUCAAGAUAGUGGCGGAUCUUGAAGGGAUUAAGGAGGAGAUGUUCAAGUAUGGCACGAUGAUGUUCGAAGAGGAGCCUGCAGUGCCGAAUCAGUCGUUGACUCAAGCCAUUUCGCAAGUUGAGUGUACGGAAGUUCCUACUCGCUCUCUCUCCCCGUUUUCUCUCGCCUCCUGCAACAGCAACGCUCGAGCUUCGCUCCGUCGGGAGCCUGCCGCGAACUUGACGAUAACCGUCAAUCCGGUCCAGACAACCGUCAAGAUGUGCGGAAUUCUCGCGGUUCUUGGAGCUGCUGAUGCUUCGGCUCGCACCCGAGCAAAGGUCCUCGAGUGCACCGCGAGGCUGCGCCACCGUGGACCCGAUUGGAGCGGCGUGCACACGUUCGGCAAUAACUUCCUCGCGCACGAACGGCUAGCCGUCAUCGACCCGGCGUCCGGGCACCAGCCGUUACGCAACGAGGACGGCAGCAUCGUGGUGGCCGUCAACGGCGAGAUCUACAACUACCAGCAGCUGCGGGAUGAGCUAAAGGACCGCCACACGUUCAACACCGGCAGCGACUGCGAAUAUGAAGACGCGGGAGAGCAAGCCGUGCAGAAGCUGGACGGAAUCUUCGCGUUCUUGCUGCUCAACACAAAGGACGGCUCGUACAUCGCGGCGCGCGACCCCAUCGGCGUGUGUCCACUCUACAUCGGCUGGGGUCGCGACGGCUCUAUGUGGUUCGCGUCAGAAAUGAAGGCUCUUAAAGACGACUGCGAGCGCUUCGAGACGUUCCCGCCCGGCCAUAUUUACUCCAGCAACGACCACACCCUCCGUCGCUGGUACAAUCCCGCGUGGUACGACGAGCACAUCCCCUCCGCGCCGUACGACCCGCUCGCGCUGCGCGCCGCGUUCGAGAAGGCCGUCGUGAAGCGGCUGAUGACGGACGUGCCGUUCGGCGUGCUUCUAUCGGGGGGCCUCGACUCCUCGCUCGUCGCCGCCGUCGCGCAACGCCAUUUGGCGUCUACGGAAGCAGGGAAGCAGUGGGGCCCUCAGCUUCACUCCUACUGCAUCGGUCUAGAGAAUGCCCCUGACCUGCGGGCAGCGAAAGAAGUCGCGGAUUACAUCGGAACAAACCAUCACGAACUACACUUCACUGUACAAGAGGGCAUAGACGCGAUUUCCGAAGUGAUUUACCACACGGAAACCUACGACGUCACAACAAUCCGCGCCAGCACGCCCAUGUUUCUGCUGAGCCGCAAGAUCAAGGCGCUGGGGGUGAAGAUGGUGCUAUCUGGGGAAGGUAGCGACGAGGUGUUUGGGGGUUACCUGUACUUUCACAAGGCGCCCAGCAAGGAGGAAUUUCACGUGGAGACGUGUCAUAAGCUCAAGGCACUUCACAUGUACGAUUGCCUGAGGGCCAACAAGGCCACGUCAGCAUGGGGGCUGGAGGCGCGCGUUCCCUUCCUGGAUAAGGAGUUCCUUGACGUGGCAAUGAGCAUUGAUCCUCAGUAUAAGAUGAUUCGCAAAGAGGACGGCCGCAUUGAGAAGUGGGUCAUCCGACGAGCCUUCGACGACGAGGAGAAGCCGUACCUUCCCAAGCAUAUCCUGUACCGCCAGAAGGAGCAGUUCAGCGAUGGCGUGGGGUACAGCUGGAUCGAUGGUCUCAAGGCGCAUGCAGAGAGGAUGGUAUCGGAUCAAAUGAUGGCCAACGCUCCCAACCUAUUCACUCACAACACGCCCAAGACGAAAGAAGCGCUGUUCUACCGCCUCAUCUUUGAGAAGCACUUCCCCCAGCUGUCUGCUCGUCUCACUGUGCCUGGGGGCCCCAGUGUUGCCUGUAGCACAGCGGCGGCUGUAGCAUGGGAUGCUGCCUGGCUGGGAAACCUGGACCCCUCUGGCCGUGCUGCUCUGGGCGUGCAUGCUGCUGCUUAUAACGAGGAUGCAGGUGGUAACCAGAAGGCUGGUAACCGUGUGACAACGUGUGUGGAGCAGGCUGGAGUGGUGGUGGGGGGUGGGAGCGGUGGGAAGAGGAGUCAGGGGGAGGAGGGGGGGCAACCAGAGUCGCCUCCUAAGAAGAAAAAGACGGACCUUGUGAUGCCGUAUCUGGCUGUAGCAUAA